AUGAGUGAGGGAAAUCCACCGUCGGCUACUCCUAGCGCAAAAUCUAAGAAGAAUAAGAAGAAGGCCGCAAAAGCCAAAGCCGACUCCAAAACCGACGAGCAUCCAGAGGAUGCGCCAGACGAUAACAAUGAUACUAACGAGCCCCAUGAUGCCAACGAGGACCCCAUACAAGCGCCAGAGUCCAACGGCGCCAAGCCCAACACGAUAGAUGGCAAUCUACCAGAUCGGUCUGUCCAUAAGGAGCCCGCGGCUACUAGCGAUAUACCCUCAGGAACCAAUGUCCAAUCCGAUCCCGCUUCCGAUGGCACCGAGCCAAAGGACCGAUUCGAUGCACUUGUUCGAGAUCGAGACUCGUUGCGCGCCGAAGUAGCCGACAUGCGAAAAUCAUUGGAAGAGAUUCAAUCCAAGCACGCUGCCGACAUGGAGGCUCUGCAGCAGAAAUUGGACGACGCGGAGACCAAAAAGGAGGAGGCGGAAACGCAGUUCCAGAAGCUCCUAGAACGAGUUAAUACCAUCAAAUCGCAACUAGGGGAGCGGCUGAAGGAGGAUGCUGAGGAAUUGGCUUUAGCGCGAUCACAAAUCGAAGACCUCGAAGAUGAGAACAACAACCUGAAGGAUGAGCUCGAUUCAAAGUCCACCCAGCUGGUUGAACUAUCGGGGGAAUCAGCGGAGAAGGAGAAGGAGCUGUCUACUCUUCGGGAGCGGACGAACUUAUCCCAGCAGAAUUGGUUGAAGGAGAAGGAAGAAUUGCUGGAGCAAGAGUCAUACCUCCAGUCAGAGUUUGAACAAGCGAAGGAAGCUAUGCAUAAUUGGGAAAUCCUUGCGAUGGAGGAGCGAUCCAUUCGGGAGAACCUGAACGAGAAGGUCGGGGAUCUGGAGGAGCAACUCAGCAGCCUGAGAGAUGGCUAUGAACGAGCCACGAAUGAACGUGACACCCAACAGUCAACCGUUGACGGCCUUCAGCGGGCUUUACAGGAAAUUCAGUUAGCGAGAAAGCAAGAGCUACGGGAGCUUGUCGAGAGCUCUGAUUCUCAACUAGAGGACCUCAGACGCUCUCUGCGGGAAGCACAGAAGCAGGCCACUGAUGCCGAUAAGGGUCUCCAGAAUGCCCUGGAAGAGAUUGAGCGAGUCCGGCCAUUUGAGAAAGAGGUGAAGGAGAAGAACCUUCUCAUUGGAAAGCUACGACAUGAGGCCGUCACGUUGAAUGACCACUUGACGAAAGCCCUACGAUUCCUUAAGAAAGGGAAACCGGAGGAUAACGUUGACAGACAUAUUGUCACCAACCAUUUCCUACAUUUCCUUGCUUUAGACCGAUCUGAUCCGAAGAAAUUCCAAAUACUGCAACUGAUCGGUGCACUCUUAGGCUGGAACGAUGAGCAACGUGAACAGGCAGGUCUUGCCCGCCCAGGAACCUCGAAUAUGUCCGGGAAGCUCCGAGUUCCCGGCACUCCCCUCCGCACUCCGAGCACACCCAACCUGGCGGAGUUUAUGGAUAAUGGUGCCUCUAGUAAAGAGACGUUAGCCGAACUAUGGUCUAAUUUCCUGGAGCAAGAAGCGGAGGUGGCCUACCGCCCUAUUGUGAUUUCGGGCCCAUCAGGGACUGGAAAAUCGACUCUACUCAAGCGAUUGUUCGCUGAGUAUCCUGAUACGUUUGGAUUUUCUAUCUCGGAAACCACACGAUCCCCGAGACCCGGCGAGCAACAUGGCCGUGAAUAUAACUUUGUCACAAAGGAGGCUUUCCUCGACCUAGUGGCCAACAAUGGAUUUAUUGAACAUGCUCAAUUCGGCGGCAACUUCUAUGGAACAUCAGUUCAGGCUGUCAAGAAUAUCGCUGAGAAAAAGCGUAUCUGCAUAUUGGACAUUGAGAUGGAAGGCGUCAAACAGGUGAAGCGGACGGAUCUCCAUGCGCGUUUCUUGUUCCUUGCGCCACCUUCUCUCGAGGUGUUGGAGCAGCGCCUCCGUGGCCGUGGCACUGAAACUGAAGAAUCUUUACAGAAAAGACUCAGCCAAGCUCGGAACGAGCUUGAGUACGCAAAGCAGCCCGCGGCUCACGAUAAGAUCGUUGUUAAUGAUGAUCUCGAGAAGGCGUAUGCUGAGCUACGCGAUUGGGUUGUUGACGGUGGUAAGUUCGGUGCUGCACAAUAG